UGUAAUCACGAUCAAGCCAACAAGAACCGAGCUUUUUUCCUUCUUCUCCAUUGGUAUUGGUUCAAGAAUCUCGCAGUAUCUAUGGAACAAUAUCAUAAACUCAUGUUUCUGAUGUUCAUAGUUUUCUGCAUAGCCACUGAUCGAGUCAGAGGGUAUGCCACGGUGACUGGAACUGUCUUCUGUGACCAAUGCAAGGACGGGGAGAUAUCGUUGUUCGAUUACCCUGUCUCCGGAAUCAAGGUCAGUGUUACAUGUUCUGAUGGCGAUGGACAAGUCUACAUGACAAGAGAAGAGACCACUAACUGGCUCGGAGGAUACGUUAUGAGAUUCGACGGGCAGCCUGAUUUGAGCAACUGUUAUGCCCAAGUGUCAGACAUUGAUGGAACUCUACAAGGAUCCAGCAAUUGCAGCAUAGCCAUAGGUCCUGCCAAGAAAGCGAAACUGAUGUUCAGUAUGUUUGGCAUGGCAAUGUACAACGUUGACGGGCUUCUAACUCAACCUUCUCAGCCCAUGUCUUCGUGUCCUAAACCCGAAACUCCUAAACCUGCUCCUCAAGUUCCCGUAAGGUCUCCCUCGAUACCCGCAAUCCCGUCUCCUCAGUUUAAGCUUCCUCCAUUGCCGCCACUUCCUCCAAUGCCCCCAAUGCCUUUCGUGGAACCCUCGGCUUGCUCACAUCAGUACUGGACAAGACCAGAGUACAAGUGCUACUGGAGAGCGUUGAGUCCCGACACGAAGGUAGCGGUUGCGUUUGGCGUAAUAGCGGGAAGAAAAUACGGGACGGAUAUAACGUUGUGGGAAGCGCUUCAAGGGAGAGGAGAGGCGUAUAAAACACUCUUGAGGGAAGCUACAACUUCACUCCUCAACUCUUACAAUUCCUUCCAGUUUCCUUAUUCUCCCAUCUCUGUGAUCACUGACACGAACUUGGCCCUCGUCGCUAACUCCCAACGCCGUGUUCUUUUGACCGCUCUCCGCUUCCUCCGGGCUAAUUCCGGUUCGGGAAAAGUCACCUGCAGAUUCACACCAUGCCACUGAUCCAUCAAUAUAUACAUAUAUAUAUAUAUAUAUGUAUAUGUUUCUUGUUAUAUAUAAUUCCAUUGUUCUUGGCCUUUUGGAUGCAUACUUUGACAUAUUAGAUGUAUCUUGCCAUCUCCUUUGAUGCAUUCUAUAUACAGAGCUUGUGAACUCUUAUGUUCUUUAGGACAUGGUUUUUUGUGGUUACUCCACAAGUUUCGUCUGGAUGCUGGUUUGUAUUCAAAACAUCUUGUAGUUCUCCGCAUAUGUGCGAAGAAUGCGUGUCGUUUUAUUACUUGGAUAUAGUACACGUGACAUGUCACCGCGUUUUCAUCUAGUUUAACGCAUUGUGUUUCUAUA